CAUGCCCUUGUUUUCAGUUGAGAGGGAGAUUGUACAGAAGAGGACCUUCACUCGAUGGAUAAAUCUGCACCUGGAGAAGUGCAACCCGCCUCUGGAAGUGAAAGAUCUGUUCAUCGACAUCCAAGAUGGCAAGAUCCUGAUGGCUUUGUUAGAAGUACUGUCUGGGCGGGAUCUGCUGCACGAGUAUAAAUCCUCCUCCCACCGGAUUUUUCGGUUGAACAACAUAGCAAAAGCACUUAAGUUUCUGGAAGACAGCAAUGUAAAACUGGUUAGCAUUGAUGCGGCCGAAAUAGCGGAUGGCAACCCCUCUUUGGUUCUGGGGCUGAUAUGGAACAUCAUCCUCUUCUUCCAGAUUAAGGAGCUCACAGGCAACCUCAGCAGAAACUCUCCAUCUUCCGGCCUGUCACCCAGCCUGGGGGCCACAGAUUCAGACUCCUCCUUCCCACCCACGCCCACCACAGAGAAGAGCUCGGCCAUCUCGGUGAAGGACCAGCGGAAGGCCAUCCGGCUCCUGUUGGCCUGGGUGCAGCGGAAGACAAGGAAGUAUGGCGUGGCGGUGCAGGACUUUGCUGGCAGCUGGAGAAGCGGGUUGGCCUUCUUGGCGGUGAUCAAGGCCAUCGACCCCAGCCUGGUGGACAUGAAGCAGGCCCUGGAGGAGUCCAUGCGGGUAAAUCUCGAGAAAGCUUUCAGCAUCGCCCACGACGCCCUUCACAUCCCCAGGCUCCUGGAGCCAGAAGACAUCAUGGUCGACACCCCUGAUGAGCAGUCCAUCGUGACUUACGUGGCCCAGUUUCUAGAACGUUUCCCGGAGUUGGAAGAGGAUUUUGAGGAUCCAGAGAAAGAAGCUCCUAUUGAAUCCACCUUUGUCCGCAUCAAGGAAUCCCCUUCUGAACAGGAGAGCAAAGUCUUCCUUCUGACCGAAAAUGGGGAGCGUUCCUACACUGUUAACCAUGAGACUAGCCACCCACCCCCAUCCAAGGUCUUUGUCCCUGAUGAGCCAGAGAGCACUGACGAGCCUGAGAAAAGCCUCUUGAGUGACAUGUCCUGCCAUGCUCUGUCAGAUAGUGCUUCUGAGUUCAUGCACCAGAUCAUCGACCAGGUCUUCCAGGGGAUCUCAGCAGAUAGCAGCAUCAGCGAGACAUCUCCAGAAUCUUCCAUUCUGUUAUCCAGAAAGGAUAAUCGGAGGGCCAACUCCUUGCCAAUCAAGAAGACUGUGCACUUUGAGGCCGACACCUGCAAGGAUGCCUCCUGCAGCAAGGACUCUUUCUACAGCCAAGACCUUCAUUCCGAAGAGGGCGCCCAAGGGGCACAGGAGUUGCUGAAGCAGGAGGGACAGGUCCCGGUGGUGGAGGUUGCUGAGGAGAAGCCACAAGAGGAAGCCCCAGGGAUCCUGGAAGCCUCUGCGGACGACUUCACUUGGGUGGAUGGGAAUAUGGAUCAUUCUCUGACUUCCCAGACUAGUCCCUCCUGGAACGGGGAGCUGGAGUGUGCAGCCAGCCCUAGUGAAGACGGGCCUCCCCUGUCAUCCCCCGAGGAAAACACCCUCCUGGCCGAUUCCCUGGAGAUCAAGGUUAAGCUGCUGACUGCCCAAGCUUUGGGCAAAGAAGACUAUUUUGAAGGUGUGCCACUAAAAGCCUCUAAAUUUAACAGCGACCUUGUCGAUUUUGCCUCCACCAGCCACCAGCAGACUUUCAACAAGGCCCCUCCUUCUCCGGAGAGAAAAGCAGCCGAGCAGGAGGUUUUGGAGGAGAAUCAUGAAGAGAAGUUGGGCAAAAGGAAGAGCAAAUCUGCCCACAGAAAGCAGGAUUCGGAUGAGCCGCAAGACAAGUAUGUCCAGCACAACCCUCACAAGGACCCUGGCCCAGAAGCCCUCGGCUCUCCUUGGGCCCCAGAGGAGGCCCUGGGGGGUAAGAAGGCCAAGGUGUGUGAGAAGACCAAGCACAAGUCCCCCUCGCACUGGCAGGGCAAUGAGCCUGGGGAGGCGGGGGCCCCCAAGCAGCUUGGGGGAGAAUUGCCCUCCAACCCGCCCAGCAGCAAUGUCAGCCUGGAGACCCUUGGGAGUCCCAGCGAAGAACGCCUGGACUUCAAACCCUCCCCGCCGCUCUCCAGGAUCUCCAUCAUCCCCCACGACCUCUUCUACUACCCGCACUACGAGGUGCCUCUCUCUGCAGUGUUGGAGGCCUAUGCGGAAGGCCUGGAGGAUUUGAAAAAUGAAGAAAUGGACCUGGAGGAGCCAGAGGCCUACCUGCAUGGCCUGGAGGCUGGGGAGGAGGCCCAGGAGGCUGAGGAGGCUGAGGAGGCCGAGGCCGAGGUCUCCCAGAGCCCCGGCAGCUUCCUGGGGCUGGGCAAGGACCACCCCCAGCAGAGCGACCAGGCCCCCUCUCUGCACUGGAGUGCCGAAGCUCCCCAGCCAGCCUCUGAACACACUCCCCCACCCUCCCAAGAGGCCCAGCAGCAAAGGGAGGCUGAGGAAGGUGCCCCUGCCGAGAGCCAUCAGGAACCCUCCAACUCAGAAAACAUAGCAAACCCUUUAGAAGAAAAUGUACUGGGAAAGUCGAUCAGCAGUAAAAAGAAGGAGAAAAGGAAACAUGUGGACCACGUAGAAAGUUCCGUCUUCGUCGCGCCUGGAGCUGUCCGGUCCUCCGACGACCUCGAAGAGGACACUGGUGACCACAAAGCCCUUUCCAGGACUAGUCACAGCGACUCCAGUAUUUACAUUCGACGCCAUAGUAAUAGGUCCCUGGAAUCGGAUCAUUUUAGCCACAUUCAACUGAGGAAUGCAGCUGGAAUGGAUGACAGAGGAAAUGGGAUGUUAACCAGGAAGGCCAGCCACGCUGGAGAAGCCAGGCUGCGGGCAGGCCCGAGCCCAGAGAGCGACUCGCUGACCCAGUUUGUCCAGCAGCCGGACAUGAUGUAUUUUAUCCUGUUCCUCUGGCUACUGGUGUACUGCCUGCUGCUUUUCCCCCAGCUGGACGUCAGCAGACUCUGAUGCGCGUGCCUGGAUAAUAAAGAAGACUGCACCCUCACGGGGGCUGGGGCUCCUUUGACUUCUUUCCUCUGGGUUCUGAAUCGGGCACCCAGCAGACGGUUGAGGACCCCGAGGAAACAGACUCCUCACCCCUCCCCUUUGCGUCCACGUGGCCUUUUCCUCUUGUGAGUCCUAAACGUGCUCUUCUGUCUGGCUCUGUGCAAAGCUCAGGUGUGUGCUGUGUCCCGGGGGCGCUGCUUCUGGCCUUGCUGGUGGGUGUUGAGCGUCUCACUAAUACUUGUGUGGCCAGGGCCUGGCUUGCAGCUCGUGCCCCAUACGGGUUUUCAAGGAAUGGUCUGGGUUACCUCGCUGAGGAGCUUCCCUGGUGAGGAAGAGGGUACAUGCCCCAAGCAGAGACUUCUGGGGUGAAACUGUCGCAGGGGAGUGGAGGUGCCGGGGCAGGUGGAG